AUGCAACCAAUCAUUCGCGAAGCCAUGAUUUAUGACACUAUUGGCAUUCAUCCACGAAUUGCCGAAUGCACAUCAAGAGGCAACAAUAGCGUCAAUUAUGUCGAUAUCAAGUAUUAUCAGCACGGUGACCAUGUGAACUACCGCGAAAAGAACCAAAUCACACCUGAGCUUCAGUCAAAGUGGUUCCAGCAGAUUAUGGAAGCUGUUGUUGUUUGCCACUCAUUUGGUGUCAUCCACUCGGACUUAGCCUUGCGGCAGCUCUUUGUUGACGAUAACUUCGAUCUACGCUUGGGCGAUUUCAACUCUUCCGAAUGUGUUGGGUACCCAGCGCUGGGUUAUGAGAAAGCAUCACAUUGCCUUCCUCGUGAUUACGAGCUUCCAAACACAGAGACUUCUGAUAUUUUUGCUUUAGGAUCUACACUAUAUGAACUGGUCACUGGCAAAGCUCUAUAUGCCGAAUUAAAUCAGCGAGAUUCUGAUGAUCCCGAUUGUAUCAAGGCACAAAUUCGACGACAACACCAGGUGGUGGAUUUCGAGAUUGAAUCACGAUACAAAAAGCAGCAGUUCCCAGAUGUUACGAGCCUUUACUGUGGAGACAUCAUCCUAGGAUGCUGGAGAGGGCAAUUUAGCACGGCAAAGGAAGCGCUCGAUUUCUAUCUACAGUUGGUGCAGCCAUGCGAGCAGAGGGGCUCUCCUAUAUAA